AUGCUUCUUUUUGGUGUCCUUCAGUGCGUUUCUCGUUCCACAGUAUCUCCUGAAACUGUGACCUUCAAGGACGUGGCUGUGGUCUUCACCGAGGAAGAGCUGGCGCCAUUGGACUCCACCCAGAUAAACAUGUGCCAAGAUGUGAUGCGGGAGAACUUCAGGAACCUGGUCUCUGUGGGAGACAGGAUUAAAAACAACAUCUCGAACCUUCAGGAAAAAGGGUUGAGUUACCUCUCACCAGAAGUGCUCUACUUUUGGCAGAUUGGGAAACGAAGGAUCAGUGAAUUGAGUGUGAGUCAGGACUAUGUCAUGAAUCUUCAAGGAGAUUGUCCCCGAUAUUUAGAAGGAGAUGUUUCCCUCUGUGAAGAGUGAGCAGGAGUGUCUGAAAAUGAAAGCUAUGUAAUAAGUGCCAUUAAUUGAGAAAAUCAAGACAUCACAGCUUGGAAAGGCCUGACACAGGUCCUUACCCUAGAAUCUUGGAAGAAAGCCAACAUAAUGACUGAGCCUGAGAAUUCUCAGGGAAAGUACAAGAGAAUCCAUAUGGAAGAGAAAUUGGAUGGAUGUGCUCAGUGUGAUGGCAGCUUCUUUCAGACCUCACGUGAUUGGAAUGAUUUCCGAAAAGGAGAGGAACCUUACAGAUAUACUGGCUGUGGGAAACACUUGGUUAUGAAGUCAACAGUCCAGCACAGUCACGUGGUCUAUGCAGUGCGGCAACCUUCCAGGUGUAAUAACUAUAGAAUGGGUUUCGUAGAUGAUGCAAGCGCUCAGCGCUCACACAGGAGAAAAAAAUCUUAUAAAUAUGACCAGCGUGGAAAGGACUUUAGUCAGAGCUCAGGACUUACUGUUCACUAUAACACCCAUUCAGGGGAGAAAACUUGUGAGGGUCAGGAGCGGGCUAAGGGCUGCAAACAGAGCCCAGACCUUGCCAGGAAUCAGAAAGGCCCCUUGGGAGACAAACCCUAUAAAGGCAUCGAAUGUGGCAAGCGCAGUUCCUCUCUUCACAACCAUCACCGAGUCCACACGGGGGAGAUGCCCUACACAUGUGACGUGUGUGGGAAGGGGAUCGGAUUCAGGUUGCUUCUGUGUAUCCACCAGGGAGUCCACACAGGGAAAAGGCCCUAUAUAGGCACAGAGUGUGGGAAGGGCUUCGAUCGGAGCUCCAGACUUCUUAUCCAUCAGAGGGUCCACACUGGAGAGGACUACAAAUGCAGCAAGUGCAGCCAGUGCUUCGGCUCAAGCUCCGUCCUGCAAGUCCACUGGAGGGCGCGUGGUGGGGAGAAGUCUCAUAGGUGUGGCAAGUGUGGAAAGGGCUUCAGCCAAAGCACACACCUGCACAUUCACCAGAUCCGCACGGGGGAGAAACCCUACAAAUACGACGUGUGCAGGAAGGCUUUCGCCUACAGCUCGUUUCUGCACACUCACCGGAGAGUUCACACGGGAGAAAAGCCUUACACGUGCCAAGUGUGCGGUAAGGGCUUCAGUUACAGCUCCUAUGUUCAGUUACAUCAGAGAGAUCACACCCGAGAGAAACCGCAUAAACGGGAUGAGUGUGGGAAGGGCUUCAUUCGGAACGCCGAUCUUCACGUUCAUCUCAGAGUCCGCACAGGAGGGAGGCCCUGUAAGUAUAAAGAAUGCAGGAAGGGCUUCCGUCGUAACUCUUAUCCUCUUGCCCGUCAGGCAGCACAUAGGGAUGAGGUGGACCAUGCAUGUCAUGAGCACGGCAAGGCUCCGGAAAUAUGCAGCUCAGACCUUCUUACUCAGCCAAGACUGCACAAGAGAACAGAAACAUUAUACGUGUAG